AUGAAGGCUGCCGCUGCUCUGCUCACAGUGCUCGCCACCCUGCUCCUCUUCCUGUACCUUCUGUGGCUCACAACCGAAGGGCCCUUGAGCUCCAGGGACUGGAAAGGCGAAGCCAAGAAAGCAGUCAACUUUACCCCUGAAAUGCCGGGAAAGCUCAGUUUCCCAUUUGCACCGGGCUCCGUCUUCAAAAACAGCAGCCCAAAUCUGGACAUGAAAAAGCCACUGGUAAUGAAAUGCAAAAACCUACGAGACACAUUUUGGGCUUCAUUUACAAAAAAGAAAAGGUAUUCAGAAGAUUAUUACCUUCAACUUAUUACAAAUGUACAGAAAUGCAAAUGGCAACAGCAACCUGAAGAGCAAAAGAAAUUUAGGUCAAAGCUUGCUUCUUGCUGUGAUGCCAUGCAUAACUUUGUCAUUUCUCAAAAUAACACUCCACUUGGGAGUAACAUGAGUUAUGAAACCGAAAGGACCAGCUUCCCUGUUGAAAAGGGCAUUUUUCAGAUGCUGCCAGUGUCGCAACCAUUUGUGGGGCGUUCCUUUAAUCAAUGUGCAGUGGUUGGAAAUGGGGGAAUCCUGAAGGACUCUCUCUGCGGAGCUGAAAUAGAUAAGUCUGACUUUGUUUUUAGGUGCAAUCUCCCUCCAAUAACAGGAAAAUUUAGCAAAGACGUUGGCAAUAAAACAAAUCUGGUCACUGUUAACCCUAGCAUCAUUCAGCAGAAGUAUGGUGCAUUAAAUGUAAAUAAAUCGACAUUUCUAGACAACAUGGCGGCCUAUGGAGAGGCAUUCCUUAUCCUGCCAGCAUUUUCUUUUAGGAGAAAUACUAAUAUCUCUUUUGACGUGUACCACGCACUCCAUGGUCUUAAGGCAAAGCAGAAGGCUGUAUUCUUUCAUCCCAAGUACCUGAAAAACCUUGACCAGUUCUGGAGAACCAAAGGUGUAAAGGCAUUUCGCUUGUCCUCUGGCUUAAUGAUCAUAAGUGCCGCCAUCGAACUGUGUGACAGUGUGAAGCUGUAUGGAUUUUGGCCUUUCUCUAAGACCACAAAUGGCACCCCCAUCAGCCAUCACUACUAUGACAAUGUAUUACCGAAACCUGGUUUCCAUGCAAUGCCCAUAGAAUAUAGAGAAAUUCUCCAGCUUCAUGGGAAAGGCAUUGUCAAGUUACAGUUUAGUAAAUGUGAACCCUCUUGA